GAAUGUUCUGGCCUGCUGCUCGUACAGGCGAGUGUCCCGAGAGGAGGGCCUCUGGACAUCAAAGGUUCCUUUUGUCCCCCUCCGAGUGGCAGGGCAGACCGGCCGCUGGCGAUGACUCAGGCCUGGCCCUGACGUCACCCACGCCCGGCCACUGGCCUCCCUCUGCAGCCAGGAAACUGGCUGGGGAGUGGCACUCGCAGGCUGCAGCAAAUCUCAAAAUAAGGAGGCAACUGCCUCUCUCCUCCUCCUCUCCAUCGCCCCACAGCACACCUUGGUUUUCUUUUAUGCUGCUGCUUUUUUUUGUUUUGUUUUUUUGAAGCCUCACGGAAGGUUUUACUUAUAGAUCAACUUUCAAAAUGUAGGAAGUCAGAAUGGGUGACAUCAUCAGAAAAAUAUGUGGAGCUGAUCUCGACCAGAAGUGAAGAACCCAGAGCAAGAAGGCGGUUAGAACUCCUGAGCCCAGGGAAUUGGCAGCGUCUGGGUUUCAGAGGAGCCAGCGCCUCGGAGUGGUCUUGAAGUGAGGCUCUGCUAAACCACUCUUCAUCUGGCUAUAAGAUCUGAACACUGUGACCAUUGAUUUGUUGAACCAAGACUCUGAGGCUGAUAUGCAAUGUCACUUACAACAUUAAUCAGAUACCGCAUUUAAGGUAGAAGGCAAGGUGGAAUCUAUUUUUAACUCUGAUGCACUCCACGGUGUGCAAGCAACUUGGUUCUUGAAUUCGUAUUUUCAGUGCUGGUAUCAGUGGUUUGAUUUUCAGCAAAUGUGACAGUGGUCUUUGCAGUGGUCAGCUCCGGGCUUUGAACUCUCAGAGGAGGAAGGGGAAAAAAUUCAACACACUACCUCCUUGGUUGCAGCCUCAGAGAAACCUUGGAUGAGAAACUUGUUUUUUCAAACCUGUUUUCCUGUUGAUAAAUUCAGUUCUCGUGAUCACAGUACAUUCAAGCUGUUCUGCGUAUGGUUUUGUGUGUGUGUGACAAUUGCAUCUAAAACUUGAGAGCAAGAAGACGGAGAAAUCAGUUGGUCUCCAUCGCUUUACAUAAAAAUGGCUGAGUGUCUUGUCAUGCUAGCACUGCAUUAAGUGAUACAAUACAGAUCUAGAUGUGGAGGAAAUGGAGGACUCAGAACCAAGGAUUUCCAAGUGAUCUCUUCCGAAGCUCAAGACACUAACUCUGUUAAAGCUGGUCUGUUCUAACUGAGAUGACAGUCAUGUCCCUUUCCAGGGACCUCAAGGACAACUUACACAGCGACACAGUGCUCUCCAUCUUAAACGAGCAGCGCAUUCGGGGCAUUUUGUGUGAUGUCACUAUCAUUGUGGAAGACACCAAGUUUAAAGCCCACAGCAAUGUUCUGGCUGCUUCAAGCCUUUAUUUCAAAAACAUCUUUUGGAGCCAUACCAUCUGUAUUUCCAGCCACGUCCUGGAACUGGAUGAUCUCAAAGCUGAAGUGUUUACAGAAAUUCUCAAUUAUAUCUACAGCUCCACAGUCGUUGUCAAGAGACAGGAAACUGUCACUGAUCUUGCAGCUGCUGGGAAAAAGCUGGGAAUAUCCUUCUUGGAAGAUCUUACUGAUCGCAACUUCUCCAAUUCUCCGGGUCCCUAUGUAUUCUGCAUUACCGAGAAGGGAGUGGUUAAGGAAGAAAAAAAUGAAAAAAGACAUGAAGAACCAGCCAUCACUAACGGGCCAAGGAUCACAAAUGCAUUUUCCAUCAUCGAAACAGAAAACAGUAAUAACAUGUUCUCUCCACUGGACUUGAGAGCAAGUUUCAAAAAGGUCUCCGACUCCAUGAGAAACACCAGCCUCUGCCUGGAGAGGACUGACGUCUGCCACGAGGUGGAGCCCGUGCGCACCCUGGCUGAGCACUCCUACGCCGUGUCUGCCGUGUCUUCCGUGGCUGAGGCUUACAGAAGUCAGCCUGCCCGAGAACAGGACAGCAGUUCACCUGCGAAAACAGGGAAGGAGAACACUGAAGCUGUUGCAGCAAAACCGAAAACAUGCCGAAAGCCAAAGACACUCUCCGUACCCCAGGAAUCAGAUUCCACUCCAGAAAAUAUACCACCCCCUCCAACAAGCAACUUGGAGGUGCGUCAAGAAGAAAGUCCACAGCCAGCAGCAGUUCUUUCCCUUUCAAAAUCUCCCAGCCACAACGAAGGAGAGGUCCAGUUUCCCAGGGCGGAGGAAAAUAAAUCCUCUGAUGUCCCUGGGCCACCAGCCGCCGAGGUGCCGCCUCUCGUUUACAACUGCAGCUGUUGUUCCAAAUCUUUCGAGAGCAGCACUUUGCUCAGCGCCCACAUGCAGCUUCACAAGCCGACCCAGGAGCCCCUGGUGUGCAGGCACUGCAACAAGCAGUUCAGCACCGUCAACAGGCUGGAUCGGCAUGAGCAGAUCUGCAUGAGGUCAAGCCACAUGCCCGCUGCUGGAGGGAAUCAGCGCUUCUUAGAAAACUAUCCCACCAUCGGGCAGAACGGAAGUUCAUUCACAGGCCCAGAACCUUUAUUAGCUGAGAAUAGGAUUGGUGACUUUUCCAGUCCCGGGAGUACGCUGCCAGAAACAGAACACAUGGUUAAGUUUGUUAAUGGGCAAAUGCUCUACAGCUGCGUGGUGUGCAAACGCAGUUAUGUGACUUUAUCCAGCCUCCGAAGACAUGCAAAUGUUCACUCCUGGAGGAGAACAUAUCCUUGCCAUUACUGCAACAAAGUGUUUGCCUUGGCUGAGUACAGGACAAGACACGAGAUUUGGCACACAGGGGAAAGGCGGUAUCAGUGCAUUUUCUGCCUGGAGACAUUUAUGACCUACUAUAUACUCAAAAACCACCAGAAGUCUUUCCAUGCCAUUGAUCAUAGACUUUCCAUCAGUAAAAAAACAGCAAAUGGAGGCUUGAAGCCUAGUGUCUAUCCAUAUAAACUUUACAGGCUCCUGCCCAUGAAAUGCAAGAGGGCUCCUUACAAGAGCUACCGACAUUCUUCCUAUGAAAAUGCUCGAGAAAACAGUCAGCUGAAUGAGCCUGCACCUGGUCCCUAUGUUAUUCAGAAUCCACACAGCUCUGAAUUACCUACCCUGAAUUUUCAGGACAGUGUAAACACCUUGACCAACAGUCCAGCCAUCCCAUUGGAAACACCAGCACGUCAGGACGUGCCCACUUCGGCCAGUAUACAAAACGCAGAGGGUACCAAAUGGGGCGAGAGGGGAGAGUUAAAAGUGGAUAUGGACAAUAACUUUUAUUCCACAGAGGUGUCGGUUUCUUCCACUGAAAAUGCUGUCAGUUCAGACCCCCGGUCAGGGGAUGUGCCCGUUCUGGCUGUGAGUAACGGCAGUGAGAACUCCACCUCUGUGAUCAGCUACAGUGGCUCAGCCCCCUCGGUCAUCGUGCACAGCAGCCAGUUUUCAUCGGUGAUAAUGCACAGCAAUGCCAUUGCUGCCAUGACCAGCCGCAACCCUAGAGGAGCCCCUUCAGACCAGACUGUCAGUCAGACCCCAAAAGAGGAUGGCAAGCCCACCGAGCCAGACAAAGUUGGGAGGGCCAUCAGCAGACCCAAGAGCAUGAAGGAGAAAAAGAAAGCCGGCCCAUGUAGCAGGGGAGAAAUACCAGAGGAGUCCAAAUUCACUGCUGACCCUGGAGGCUCACUGGGCAAAACUACAAAUACCAUCAAAGAAACGAGUAAAAUUGAAACCUACAUCGCAAAGCCCGCUCUCCCGGGAACCUCCACAAACAGCAACGUCGCACCCCUUUGUCAAAUAACGGUGAAAAUCGGGAACGAAGCCAUUGUGAAGAGGCACAUCCUCGGCUCUAAACUGUUCUAUAAGAGAGGGCGGAGACCCAAGUAUCAAACACCGGAGGAGACGCUGCCCCAGGAGAGCGACCAGGAAGCCAAUGGAGACAACCCUCUCGGGCUCUGCCAGUCCGAGUGCAUGGAGAUGAACGAGAUGUUUGACGAUGCCAGUGACCAGGAUUCCACGGACAAACCAUGGCGCCCUUACUACAACUACAAACCCAAGAAGAAAUCCAGACAGUUGAGAAAAAUGAGGAAGGCCAACUGGAGGAAGGAGCACGAAAACAGGAGCCCGAGCGGUAAGUGUAGAUACCCGGCCGACCUGGACUGUGCGGUGGGCAAGGCUCCGCAGGAGAAGGCCUUCGAGGAAGAGGAAAACAAAGAGAUGCCUAAGCUGCAGUGUGAACUCUGCGACGACGGAGACAAAGCCUCAGGGGCCGGGAGCCAAGGGAGGCCCCACCGGCAUCUCACGGCCCGGCCUUACGCGUGCGAGCUCUGCGCCAAGCAGUUUCAGAGCCCCUCCACCCUCAAGAUGCACAUGCGGUGCCACACGGGAGAGAAGCCGUACCAGUGCAAGACCUGCGGCCGGUGCUUCUCCGUGCACGGCAACCUCCAGAAGCACGAGCGCAUCCACCUGGGCGUGAAGGAGUUCGUCUGUCAAUACUGCAACAAGGCCUUCACGUUGAACGAGACCCUCAAAAUCCACGAGAGGAUCCACACGGGAGAAAAACGAUACCACUGUCAGUUCUGCUUUCAAAGUUUUUUGUAUCUGUCCACGAAAAGGAAUCACGAGCAGAGGCAUAUCAGGGAGCAUAACGGGAAGGGCUAUGCCUGCUUCCAGUGCCCCAAAAUUUGCAAAACAGCUGCUGCCCUGGGAAUGCACCAGAAGAAACACUUGUUCAAAAGCCCCAGUCAGCAGGAGAAAGUGGAAGGUGACAUAGGCCAGGAAAACUCCAGUCCCCUGGAGAAUCCACAUUUCAUUGAUUCGGAAGGCACUGACCAAAAGGAUAAUGUACAAACCGUUGUUGAUAAUGUCCUUUGAAUGGCGAUCCUUAGGGGAAAAAAAAAACCCCUUUGAGAAUACAAGUUGGUGGGUUUGUUUUGUUUGUUUUUUUUUUUUUAGUUAGCUGUUUCUUUUGUUUCUGUUUAGUUUUGUUCACUUAACAGUUAUGAAGGAGUGAAAUGUAACAAAGAAAAUCUCAUUUGUUCAAAUUCCAGAAGAAGGAUCCUAAUAUCCUCUCUGGGUUUUGGCAUUAACUUCAUGCAAAGUACACAAAAACAAAAUAGCCGAAUCUUCCAGUAUCCCAAGUGUCUUGUGAAAGUUUAUGAAGUUCUCAGUUGUGAUAUUUUUGCCAGUGGGAGGAAAAAAGAGUUUAAUUUUAGCGUAAUUUAAAACUUUCUGGUGAGUGCUCAGAGGAGCUGGCUGCUGAACUGUCUUUAGUAACUGGAGAUAUAAGGGUUCAGAUAUCAUGAGAAUGUCACCUUCAUAAAUAUGUUAAAAGGUAAAUGAGCUAUGACAGUCAUUAUUCUCAUCCAGCUUCUGCACUAUUAAAAAUUGUUUAAAUUAAUGGGUACAUAUGAAAUAAUAGUAUAGCUGAAAAUACGUGUGAAAUGAGUAACCCAAGUAGGACAUUCAUACGUUUUCUAGAACUACUUUUCUGCAACACAAACCUUGUAAAAUACAGAUAUAAAGCACUAUAACUUUUAACUGUCCAUGUCCCCUGUAGUGAAUUAUAAUGAUGAGCAAUAGAUCUGCAAAUAAUGAGAACUGAUGUAAAAAUCAGUAGGAAGCAUUGUGAGUAUGACUUCAGAGCAUGUGUAUGCUUUUAGAUGGAAUGCUGUUCUCUUGACGUUAUGGCUGAGCUGUUACUAGAACCGGUCUUCUCAAGUCCCAAAAAACAUAGGUCAUGCCUUAUCCACGGGGGAGAACCUUCCCAGAAGUUACUUGUGAUUACCUGUGCUGUGCUAUGUAUUACUUUCUAGAGGCCUCACUUCAGAACAUGAAAAAAGGUCAAAUUCUUCUGAAACUCCCUGAAGUCUUCCAUCCAUCAUGAGGCCAUGGACGUGGAGGUCUUUCCAGAUAGAUUUAACCAUUCUCAAGGGUUCAAGUAAAACCUGGCAUCUCCUGUAUCGCUGAAGGAGUGUCUUGGAAAUUAAGUGCAAGGCACAUGUGUGGUGGUGAAUUCCCAGGCACUUGAAAGUGACAGAAAGCCUAAUCCCUACAAUUGUCAGCCUUCUUGGAAAUUAUGCAGCCCACAAGCAUAUACUAUUUAAAAAAUAAAUAAAGGACAACAGAAACACACACACCCCUGCCCCACCCAAUAAUGACUUGAGUGGGUAGGAAGUGAUGACCUUCCUUGCCUCAAAUGGAGCUUUGUCUUUGGAGGAUGGGAAGAUAGAAUGUGAAGUGACGAGGUUCCAUGACUGACUGACAUGCUUCAAAAAUAUAUAGAAUAUAUUCACAAGUCAGAUGCCUUGUCUUCAUGUUUGCAGACAACUGAGACCCUGGUUCAAUUCCUGGGUCGGGAAGAUUUGCUGGAGAAGGGAUAGGCUACCCACUCCAGUAUUCUUGGGCUUCCCUUGUGGCUCAGCUGGUAAAGAAUCCACCUGCAAUGCAGGAGACUUGGAUUCAGUCCCUGGGUUGGGAAGAUCCCCUGGAGAAGGGAAAGGCUACCCACUCCAGUAUUCUGGCCUGAAGAAUUCCAUGGACUAUAUAGUCCAUGGAGUUGCAGAGUCGGACAUGACUGAGCCACUUUCAGCCCCCUUGCUAAAAACCCACUUGCGUUUUUAAUGUUCUUUUUCUUUGACCCACACCAUUAACACUGCCCUCAAAAUCUAACCCCCCUAUAGGAUAUUCCGUCACAUGGACUAGGUUCCUGGGAAGCUGGAAAUCAUGAUUCUUUAACUUUUUAAACUGCCAGAAUAGGAGGGAGAGAGAAAACAUUCUUACCCAUUUGAUACCAGAACACCAGUAUGAACAGAAUCUGGAACCCAGUUCAAGGAUGACCUGCAGCCAUUCGUGAUCACAGGAUUUGACAGCUGGAAAUCCAAGGUUACCCAAGGUUGCAAGGUUACCACUGUGAAGAAAUGGCUUGAAGGACUCUGGGUUCUCUCUUCAAGUGUUGUGGUGUCUCCACAAAGAAGACUUCAUAUGGAUUGGGGUGGACCAGAAAGCAUCUAAACACCCAGAAAAGGACAUAAUCAAAGCUGAUCUUUUUAUACUGUAGUACUUUGUUGUUAAAUAACCCCAAUAUUGUAUUUGCAUUUAUCUUUUGUUCAUCUACUUUCACUUACAAACAGUAUUAUGUAAUAGAGGAAAAUGGAAAAUGCAAAUGAGUUCAACUUUAUUUUAUACAUUGUAUAUAUGUACACCUGAACCAUUCAUCUGGGUUUUGUUGAAGAGAUAGUCACAAAGGGCUUAUGCAAAUCAUUUUGAAUUGAUAAUUAGAAAACUGAAUAAGCAAUCCUGUGAUCUACCAAUUUGUUUUAUCUCAGUCAGGAUUAUGAAUCAAGAAUUACUGUGUAUUUCAGUCAUUUUGAUUUGAAGUAACUCUAAAUAUAAAAUAAUUACAUGUAAUGAUGUCUCCCAGCCCUUCCAUGUGGAUAUUUUUUAAGUGGACUUGUAUGCUAAUAAUUCUAGACCAAAGUAAAUAUGGCAGAAUAUUUAUACAUGAAAAAAUAAUUUUGCAAAUAUUUUCUAUAAUUGUAUUAUUCGUUUAAAAUGUUGAUAGCUUGUGUUAGUUUCAGGGAGGGGUGUAUAUUUUGAUAAAAAAUACUUGACUUUGUAAUUCUGUAUAUUCUAUACAAUUUAUAGCAGAGCCGUUUUAAGACAGCCUUGUCACAUUUUUUGUUAAUUGUGAAAAUUUUAUUCGAAGUGACGUUUAUGCAUUGAGUACAUAACGACCAACUAGAGUUAAAGUAAGUGUGAACAGUGAAACAUACUGUAUGCUGUACAAGAUAUAUUGUAAUUUGCUGUUUUAGCAUCUGUAUUUUGGUUAGAAGAUAUUAUUAAAUGCAGAUGUUAAGGGUUGGAAAAGUCUAAUUUUAUUUUUAGAACUAACGGAUAUAAAUUUGUUUUUGCUUGAUUAAAAUAGCUUAUUCUUAUGUUGUCUCUUUUUAAACAUUUUAGUGUUAAUUCUUUUGUGUAGCCAAGCUGCAGUUUCAUUUGUAUGAGUCACAGCAUUGUUUCACAUAUGAUUCAUUCAGUAUAUUUCUGUUCCUCACUUGUUUACAUUCCAUGGUACCUGCUUACAUGCUUAGGACUCAAAUGGAAUAUGACAUUAAAAAAAAGCAGAAUAAAAGAGACUGAAAUCUUGUUAUCAUUUAGUGCUUUGGAUAGGCCUGAUAUUAUGAUAAACCUGAGUGUUGGAAAUAUUCUGCUCCAGUCAUCCACAGAAAACAGAUUUCACGUAUUAACUACCAGGUAUUUGGCAACGUUCUUGCCACGGUCUAUCUCAUUCAGUCCUUUCCCAACGACCCUAGGAAAUAGACUUCUUUAUCUGCAUUUUAUAAGUGACUUUGAGAAGAUCCCACAGCCAGCCAGCUAGGAUCCCAACCCUUGGCUGCCUGACUCCAAAGCCCACACUUUUGUUCCUUCUCUGCAUCUUAGAGGGAAAUGCUUAAUGUAAACUGAGCAGGGAGUGAGGAAGAGACCUGACCGAGUAGUGCAGCUUGUGAUGGUAGCUGUCACAUCCUCAGCUGUAGGGAGGCCAUAGUAGGGUCAGCUCCCCGGACUCAACUCUGAUUUUCUUACUGAGGCCUAAAUACUUUGGGCAUUUGGUCGCUCAUAUGUUUAAGGAUAUUGCUCUGUGAAGCCAGUUUGUAAAAGUUUGUAAAUGUUUUUUAAUGUGGAGUGAAAUUAUGAUUUAAUGCUAUUGUAAACUAGCCGUUUUUCACAUAAAGAAAAAAAAUCUGUCCUGUCAUCGCAGAUCAUACUCCCAAACUUAGCUGCUGCUGCUGCUGCUGCCAAGUCACUUCAGUUGUGUCCGACGCUGUUCGACCCCAGGCUCCCCCGUCCCUGGGAUUCUCUGGGCAAGAACACAGGAGUGGGUUGCCAUUUCCUUCUCCAAUGCAUGAAAGUGAAAAGGGAAAGUGAAGUCGCUCAGUCAUGUCCGACUCCUAGUGACCCCAUGGACUGCAGCCCAUGAGGUUCCUCCAUCCAUGGGAUUUUCCAGGCAAGAGUACGGGAGCGGGUUGCCAUUACCUUCUCCGUCAACCUUAGCUACUUAUCUGCAAAUACAGGCAAUUAGUCACAAUGGGUAAUGUGACAGGAGAGCCAGAGGCUCAGGCAAUACGACCCAUCAGCAGCACAGGGGAAACAGCUCAAGUGUCCAGCCCUGAUUGCUGGUCCACAGCAUCAAUUUUGUAUUUGAAGGGCAACCCAAACCAAAUCCUCCAAAAAUUCUAUAACUACUAUCUGCUAAAAGGAACUUAUCUAUCAAAACAGCAGAAUUAAUAUUGAAAGUAUUUGUAACAGUUGAGAAACUGGAUUAAAACCAUAAAAACAAA